CGAAGAUGAUUUCCAAAAUCCCAAACCACACAUGGACUCUGCAACAAUAUGGCCUCCGUAUUGAAGCGCAAGAGAGCCCCAGUGGAGGUCCCUGAUACUCCAAAGCGUGCGAAGUCCUCUGAGAAUCACCCUGCCGAUUUCCUUCAAAAGCCUUCUGGUUGGGAUGCAGCUUUUAGACCUCCGUCCAAACCCACCACGAACGGUGAAGAAAACCACACCCUUUCGAAUGGACAAUUAGCUUCCCCCGAAGCAGAAGCUAUAGAAUAUGAUCGAUUCAUAACGGAGAAACCUGUGGCGAAAAGCAAAAAUGCUUUGGUAGAAGUCUCUGAGCAGACAAGGAAGAAGGAGAAAAGACCGAAACAAAAGAAGCCUCGGGACCAGAGGACAUGGAGGAUCUCGGGCCCAAUUGGGGGCAGGAUGGUUAAUGCUGAUCCUGUGUUCACUGCAGAUGAGGAGUACUUCAUCGUCGCAAAUCGAACUACUCUUCACGUCUACUCCACCUCAAAUUCUUUAUUAACCCGAUCAAUAAAAUUAAACCUUCACGACAGACCCGGCGCCCGCAUCGUUGCAUACUGCCUCUCACCUACACACCCGGAUCAUCUAUGGGUAUCUUGUUCUGAUGGUAUUGUCUUCAGUGUGAAUUGGACGUCGGGUGAUGGUGCCGGUCAACAUUGGAUUACAUCCUCCACAGGAUGUAACCACAUGACGGCAGCUUCCAUGGAAUCUGCAGGUCGACGACGGGAUGUUAUCUUUACCACUGAGGUACGAAAGACAGGCGGUUUUCGGAUUACAGCAAAUGAACUUCCUCUGCCCCCGACAUUACCAAGUACGAGGACAAUAUACACAUCACCUCAUCGUAUAGAGUUCCUACAGACAUCCCAGGAUGGUUCAGUGGUCGUGGGAGUCACUGGAAACAAAAUCUUACUUGGCCGUCUACGAUCUACGGAUUACGAGAGCGUUGAUAAGGUGCGGUAUGAGUUCAGAAUAUUCGAGUCUAUAGAUGCCAUCAAAUCUCUUGAUAUGAGGGUGACCAUCCGGAGAGGGGCCGAUCUUGAAGGCUUGAAGAAGCACAACAUAUUGAAGAAGACACCAGUCGUUGAUCUUGUGGUCGGGGAUGUUAGAGGUGUCAUAUUUCUACACGAGGACUUACUAGCAAAGCUUUUUGUCCAGUCACAAGACGGGUCUUUCUCCUCAGGUGUUAGUAUGGCGCCACGAAAAUUGCACUGGCAUAGGCAGGCAGUGCAGACUGUCAAGUGGUCACAAGAUGGAAACUACGUCAUCUCAGGAGGUUCUGAAACUGUCUUAGUCCUUUGGCAACUGGAGACUGGGAAGCACCAAUUUCUACCUCACAUGUCAGCAACAAUUCAAAACGUUGUUGUUGCUCCCAGGGGAAAUGCUUAUGGCAUUCAGCUUGCGGACAACUCGGCCAUGAUCUUGUCUACUGCGGAGCUUCAACCAACAGCAAACAUCUCUGGAAUCCAGACCUGCGUCAUUGAGGCUGAAGAUCCUGUGGAGUCCAUUGUGUCAAGAGUGGAAGACCAAGCUUGGGGUGAACCUUUGCUCCAGCGAACACCAGCUAUCAUUAGCCCCAUCAACCCAUCUCGACUUCUCCUUGGAGUUGGUUUGACACAGGACAUCAGAGCGCAAAAUCCUCCUGUGCUGAGUAAUCCUUUUCUUCAGACAUUCGACCUAGCCUCUGGUCACAGCAUUUCUCGACAAGCCAUGAUACGAAACAAUAUCACUAACAUCAACACUGCACCAAACGCUCACCGAUUAUCAGAGCCAACCAUCGUGCUCAUGAAGGUUUCUGGUGAUGGCCAUUGGUUAGCAACAGUUGAUGAGUGGUGUCCUCCACUUCGAGAUCUCGAGUAUCUAAAGAAUCACUUGAAUGAUGCUUACUUGGAACAAGAACACCGACGUGAAGUGUAUCUUAAGUUCUGGCAGUGGGACGUUGAGAGCCAAUCUUGGGAGCUUGUAUCGAGAGUCGAUAAUGCUCACCUCGUGGACAAGGCCUCAGGUCAAGUAGGGAGGAUACUUGACCUUGCUGUGGACCCAAGCGCUCUUCGCUUCUCAACCAUCGGCCAGGAUAAUGUGGUUCGGACCUGGACUCCAAAGAGUCGUAAGCGGGAUGGUGUCCUUGUGCGUGGAAAGAACGACAAGCCUCUCAAGAACUGGACCUGCGAACAAAGCAUACCAUUGGGUAAGGCAGACCUAGAAAGCACGACUCGCUCUAAAUUGCCUACGACUGGUCGUGUUACGUUCUCGGAAGACGGAUCAAUCCUUGCAGCUGCAAUCGGGAAUAAUGAAAAUCUUCUUCAUCUAUUGGACCCGGAAUCCGGAGCAGUAAGGUUGACUCAUACUGGCCUCUUCGAAAAUGGAGUUUUUGGAAUGGAGUUUUUGGGACAAGAUCUGAUUAUCCUGUCAGAGAAGCUUUGCAUCUUUGAUGUGGUCGCAGAAGAGAUGAGAUUGGGCAUCAAGACCAGCGAUGCUACCCAGCGUCUCUCCACCAAUCAAAAACGAGAGCUGAUGAUUUUGGCAGUUGAUGUGAACAGUCGAACUUUUGCGCUUGCCAUGCCGAGCUUGAGAAAGCCAGCACCCGAGAAGAAAGAGCAGUCCUUAAGAGAUGCGCACUCUGAACUUAUUGUGUUUCACCAAGAUAGCAGAGAACCUCGAAUCAAGAGGUCUUUCGAUACCUUAAUCACAGCCAUACUUCCAACCGUCGAUUCGGAAGGCUACCUUGUCCUGGAUGCAGCAGCUCAAAUUCAUACCGUGCUCAAGAAAGGAGCACAAGCAGUCACUACCAUGGCACAAUCAACAGCCGCGCUACAACUUGAUGUCACUCCUGAAGAAGCUGCCGGGGAUCUCUUACGCCUCGUUGAAGAUGUGGAGGAGAUCGAGGACGAGUAUCAACUCCCGACACCGUCCGUGACACAAGCCAGCGAUGACGACGACGAAAAUGAGGUUCCGGUCGUCACACACCAGCAGCUGGCACAGGUCUUUGACAUCGGUCCUUCUUUUGCUUUGCCGCCUAUGGAGGAGAUGUUCUAUCAAGUUGCGGGACUCUUCUCUAGUAAGCCGUUGCCGCAAAGUGUAUCUUGAUUUAUGGGAGGGCUGUAUUGCAUAGCGUUUGAUGGGCAUUUCAGCGCAAGGAGCUUUGUAAAGCAGGAAAAGUACAGAUAAUGAAUUGCAUACCUAAG